AUGGCAGCGCUGCCGGAGGGGCGCGAGCCCGCGGGUGCCGAGCCGCCGCCCCCCGGCAGCCGGCUGAGCCUGGGCGCGCACCCCGACGGCGCGCGCCGGCUGCUGCGCCUGUGUGCGGGGCGGCCCCCGCAGCUGCCCGGCGUGGAGCUGCUGCAGCUUAGCGGCCACGAGGACCCGCGGCUGCUGGCCGCCGCGCUGGCCCGGGUGCCCGCGCACCUGCCGCGGCUCCGCGCCCUGGUUCUCAAAGGGGGGCAGCGCCGGGCCGCGCUGGGCGCCUGCGUCCGGGGCUCCCUGGCCACGCUGCCGGCCGGCCUGGGCGCCCUGGCCCAGCUGGCCCACCUGGACCUGAGCUUCAACAGCCUGGAGCAGCUGCCCGGCUGCGUCCCGCACAUGGGCGGCCUGCGCGUCCUCCUGCUCUCCCACAACAGCCUCGCGGAGCUGCCCGCCGCCCUGGGCGCCCUGCCCGCCCUCUCCUUCCUCGCCGCCUCCCACAACCGCCUGCGCGCGCUGCCCCCCGCGCUGCUGGCCUCCAGCACCCUGCAGUGCCUCGACCUCUCCGACAACCUCCUGGGCACCGUGCCCCCCGAGAUCGGGGGCCUGCGCCACCUCGCCGAGCUCAACCUGGCCUCCAACCGGCUGCGCCAACUCCCGGCCUCCCUGGUGGCCCUCCGGUGCCUGCGGAUCCUCACCCUGCACAGUAACCUCCUGGCCUCGGUGCCCACCGGCCUGGCCCACCUCCCGCUGCUCACCCGACUGGACCUGCGGGACAACCAGCUUCGGGACGUGCCCCCCGAGCUCCUGGAUGCCCCCUUUGUCCGCCUGCAGGGGAACCCCCUGGGGGAAGCGCCGCCUGCCCCCCAGAGCCCCCCAGCAGCCCCCGCGGCGCCGGAUAUGCCCAGACUCUCCCUGAGCGCCGACUCCGACAGCUUCCCCCUGACCCCCGGAGGGUGCUCCGUGAGCCUGGCGUGCGGCGUCCGCCUGCACUUUCCCGCGGGCGCCACGGCCGUCCCCAUCACCGUCCGCUACCGCCUGCGACAGCCAGAGCCCCGCCUGGCGCCCCUGGGUCCCCACGACGCCCUGCUCAGCCCCGUCCUGGAGCUGCAGCCCCACGGCGCCGCCUUCCAGCAGGACGUGGGCCUGUGGCUGCUCUGUGUGCCCCCGCGAGCCAGGCGGUGCCGGGAGGUGGUGGUCAGAACCCUGAGUGACGGCAGCUGGAGCGACCUGGAGACCCACCUGGAGGAGGAGGCCCCCAGGAGGCUCUGGGCCCACUGCCGGGUGCUUCACUUCUCCUGGUUCCUGGUCAUUUCCCGCCCGGCCUGCAACACCUGCCUGGUGCCACCAGAGGGAGCACUGCUGUGCUCCUCGGGACACCCCGGGGUCAAAAUCACCUUCCCCCCUGGGGCCACCAGGGAGCCCCAGCGGGUCAGCCUGCAGGUGGUGCGUGUUAGCGGCCGGGAGCUGCGUGCGCUGCGCGUCCUGCUCCAGGAGCCCGAGGCGGCCGCCAGCCCCCUGCUGUCCCUGACCCACGGCGGAGCCCCCGAUUUCCUGCGGCCGGUCACCGUGCAGCUGCCGCUGCCGCCCGGCGUCACUGGCCUCAGCCUGGACCGCUCCCGCCUGCGCCUCCUGCACCGCGCGCCCCCCGCCACCGCCUGGGACGACGUCACCGCGCACGUGGCGCUGGAGCUCAGCCACCUGUACGCCCGCUUCCAGGUCACGCGCUUCUCCUGGUACUGGCUCUGGUACACCACCAAGGCGUGCGUCGGGGGCCUGGCGCGCAAGGCCUGGGAGCGGCUGCGGCUGCACCGCGUCAGCCUCAUCGCCCUGCAGCGACGCCGGGACCCCGAGCAGGUGCUGCUGCAGUGUCUGCCCUGCCAUAAGGUGGACGCGAGUCUGCAGAGGCUGCUGGAGCGCUACCACGGGCCCGAGCCCUCGGACACCGUGGACAUGUUCGAGGGGGAGCAGUUCUUUGCGGCCUUUGAGCGGGGCAUUGAGGUGGAUGCCGAGCGGCCGGACUGCGAGGCGGGCAGGGUGGCCUUUGUCUUCUACGCCCACCUGAGGAACGUGAAGGAGGUCUACGUGACCACCAGCCUGGACCGGCGGGCACAGGCCGUCAGGGGCCAGGUGUCCUUCUACCGGGGAGCCGUGCCCCGGGAGGUGCCCGCGGAGGCCGAGGCCGCGCGGCAGAAGAAGGCCGCGGACGCCGUGUGGAUGGCCACGCUGCCCAUCAAGCUGCCGAGACUGCGGGAGCCCGAGGGGCCAGGCCAGGAUCGCGGUCUCUCCCUGGCCCCGCUGCGGCUGGGCGACGCCGAGAGUGGCUUCCUGACGCAGAGCAACCUGCUGAGUGUGGCCAGCCGCCUGGGCCCCGACUGGCCAGCCGUGGCCCUGCACCUGGGCCAGGCCUACCGCGAGGUGCAACGCAUUCGCCACGAGUUCCGGGACGACCUGGACGGACAGAUCCGCCAUAUGCUGUUCUCCUGGGCCGAGCGCCAGGCCGGCCAGCCGGGGGCCGUGGCCCAGCUGCUGCAGGCCCUGGAGGACAGUGACCGGCAGGACGUGGCCGAGGAGGUGCGCGCCGUCCUGGAGCUCGGCCGCCGCAAGUACCAGGACAGCAUCCUGCGCGCGGGCCUGGCGCCCGGCCCCGAACCCGCGCAGGCCUAG